AGUUCACCCAAACCAGUGACCCUCAGUCAUCAUCUCCUCUCUGCGUGCUGAUGAAAGUCCACAAAACAUCUGUGGUUGCAGCAGCGACUGAAUCUGCUGGAGACUUGAUCAAAAGUGAAGAAAAGCCGGAGAUCCAAAGUUGAUGACUUAUAAAGGAUCUGCAGACUUCUUCCAGCUCUGCUCAUGACCCUCCUUUCACUUUCAGUCUCUCUCUCUCUCUCUCUCUCUCGCACAUCACCUGUGACGUCACGCGGUCCUCCUCACCCCCAGUCUCCAAAAUCUCCCUGAAGGAGGAAAAUUCUCCAGAGAGGACAGAAGGAGGUCAGAGAGAAGCAGAGGGGUGAAGAAGAUAGCAAUCAAACACAGACUCUUCUUCUUCUCCUUCUCCUCCUUCUUCUUCGGUGGUUUUCUGUCGCAGCAGUCAUGCUGGACACCCUCACCUUCCUCCUGGAGAAGCUCUUCCUCCUCGCCCACAUCAAGCUGUCCAGCCUGCUGCCUCCUCUGGGCGCAGAGCGGCCGCUCACCAGGCGCUGCGAGCGCGAUGAGUCUCCUCCGCAGCCCGCCGGAGCUCCUCACAAGUUCCAGCGGGGAGACCUGCUGGAGGUUCCCCGGACUCUCUUCACCCACUUCGGCAUUUACCUGGGCGAGAACCGGGUGGCGCACCUCAUCCCGGACAUCCUGCCGGCGCUGACCGCUGACAGCGCGCAGAUCGGGGAGAUGGUGACCAACACGCGGCUGGUGCUCGGGGUGCUCUCCAAGCGCGCCAGCAUCCGCGUGGACUCGGUGGAGGACUUCGCGUACGGAGCCGGGAUCCUGCUGAACGUCAUGGACCGGGCGGUGCGCCGGAGCCCGCUGUCCGGGGAGGAGGUGGCGCGGCGGGCGGAGAAGCUGGUGGGCUCCGUGUCCUACAGCCUGCUGUGGAACAACUGCGAGCACUUCGUCACCUACUGCCGCUACGGCACCGCGCAGAGCCUGCAGACCGACCAGUUCUGCGAGUGGCUGAAGUCGCUGAUCCGGGACCAGCGUAACGUUCUGCUGACGGCGCUGCUGGGACUCCUGUCCAUGCUGUGUUUGGGAAUAUCCCCCAGCACCGCCCUGCCCACCCUCCUCAUCCCCUUCACCCUGUGGAUGGCCAGCUAGGAGCUCCUGGGCAACAUCCACAACCACCGUCAGCGUUUGAGCCUCGCCGACGGUUCGCAACAGGCCGAGCCGCCAUAUUGGAAGACUGACAGAUAGGACAGAGUCAUCUGCAAAGAAGUUUAUACCAGUCAGUGAUUGUGGUGUUGCAUUUUACUGCUAAUAACACAGCAGGGACCAGACAUAAACACUCGAGUUGCUCUUUCUGCUGCUUGUUUAAAGUGAACAGAAAAAGAAGAAGAUGAAGAAGAGGAUAGUUAGCAUUAGCAACAUUAGCAACAUUAGCAACCAAGACUGAAUAGCACAAAAAACAUGACGUAGUACCGCCAGGUUGAAGAUUCUAGUUUACUCACUUUAAAAGACCAAAGACUAGUUAAGACUGACUGAAUUUUUCUUGAGAUGUUCUUUUGUGAUGUUUUCUUGUAUUUGUUAUCUUCCAAAAUGGCGGUUCAUAACCUGCAACCAUCUCCCCAAUGUCACACGUCACGUCUGCAGACAGAAAACCACAGAGUCAGAGGUUAAUUCUCAACAAUGUUUCAGGUUCUUCCACACAUGAAUGCCAGUAAACUGUCUGUAGUUUGAAUGAAACAGCAGCUGUUCUGGGUUCCAGGCACAUUUAUUUAUCCUGGAAAGGUUCAUUUUGCAGCUGGUGUCUGGAGACGACCUCUUAUCUCCAGAAGGUCAACUGUUCAGGGUCUUAAAAGAAAAGACAUCAAACUCCUUUUCAGUUCAUUUAGAGACAGUUUCACAUUUUUAUUGACUCUUAACGAAGCACAAAACUUCCAAACAAGCUGAAAUGAUGAUGGAUUGGCUCUAACUCAAAGCUUUUUUUUUUUUUGCACAUUUGUUGUCAGUACAUUCACACAGUGAAACUGCCUCUGUGGCGGCCAUCUUGUUCCCGUCAGAACAUGUUGACGUCUCUGACGAAGCUCUUCUGUAAAUAUCUGUAGAUAUCCUUCACAACCUGAUUGUUCUCUAACAGUCACAGACUUUUGUACAGAAUUUAUUUUUUGCAACGCUGUAACACUUUAUACUUUAUAUGUAAAUAAAGUACGUGGAAACAGA